AUGAUAUGACGUUCGUCCAGACACGCACGCUGUUCUUCCUGAAGGUGGUAUUGCGGGCCAACAACAGUCGCGGAGUGCAUGAGCAAUGGCGUAUGUCUGUGCUGAACGCAUUCCAAACCAAUGCCAAGGCCUGUGCGUGGUUUGCCGAGUGGUUGAUGGACCGAGAUGAGGGUAUGUGA